CAUGCUAGUAUGGAUGAACAUUUCUAUGAACCUAGAAAAAACACAUGCAUGUCCCUCAUUUAAUGCACCUGCUCUCACGUGUCUGCCAAAUCCUCUCUUUCCGUCUUUUUAAGGGACUUUUCCAACGAAUCAAAAUAACCAUUAAACUAAACCGUUUACACUCUUCCCCUUCACAAGAUUUCUCUUACUUUUCACCCAAAAAAGUGACCAAAAUUUCUCACUAUUUCUUUCCCUCUCACAAGACUUCUUAGCACAUGUAGUUUCCUUUUCUUUCCAUUUUUUGGCAUGUUCCAAAUUUCUUUACUCCUUCAAACAUCAUAUAACACACCACAAGAGAGAAAAAGAAGAAGAAGAAAUCUUUCAUGACCCACUUUUCUUUCAUAUGCAUCUUACAAAAACAACAUUGAAAAAAACACAAAAAGUAAGUAAACUAUGAUGGUAACAACUAUCACCUAUCACAUGUCCAAAUCUUCAUGUAAAUCUUAAACUUGGUUACUUCAAAUUCCACACACAAUUUUCAUCAACAUGUCCUCUUGUCAUAAUCAAACAAACAAUAACCUUAAAGAAGGUUUUAGAGAGAUUUCACACAACAAAAUCAGGAAGAGAAACUGUUCAUCCUCAUCUUCAUCUUCUUUAGCAAGAAGAUACAGAUUCAAGAGAGCUAUUUUGGUUGGAAAGAAAGGAGGGUCCACCACACCAGUUCCACUGUGGAAGACAAGUACUACAUCUUCACCUUCUAUGGAGAACACUACACAACAUCUUUUGUAUUCUUCAGCUUCAGGGUUACCCUCCAAAGAUAAAGAGAAGGAGGUUUCUGUUUCAGCUAGAAAACUUGCUGCUUCUUUGUGGGAAAUCAAUGAUUUGCAUCCUUCAAGGGUCAAGAAGGAAUUUGAGGCUGAACAAAUGAGAAGCUGCAAGGAAACAAGUAACAGAAGCAGAGAAAAAGCUAAGAGCUUGUCUAGAUCAGGUUUGUUGAGGCCACUUAUGUCAGAUCCAUGUAACAGUCCUAUUUCAGAGAGAAUGAAAGGAUUUGAAAGUGAUGGUUACAGAACAGUGUCAGGGUUAUCUCAUCCACUUCGUUCUGGUAUGGACGCCCAUACCAGUGACAGUUUAAAUGAGAAAAAUAGUGGCAAAUGCGCUGUUGGAGUGAAGAGUCGUCUCAAGGAAGCUAGAAGUAGUCUAUCGACAUCGAAGAAGAUUCUUAAGGUUUUAAAUCAAAUGUGUCAUAGAGAGAAGCAAUCAUCGACAAUGGCCCUCACCUUGGCUCUCGGAAGUGAGCUUGAUCGGGUUUGCGGCCUACUUGACAAACUGAUACAAGAUGAGCGCUCGAACUCUAACCAGAAAGACAUUGAGUAUAUGGUAAAACGUUUUGCAGAAGAAAAGGCUGCAUGGAAAAGCAGAGAAAAAGAAAAGAUUCACGAUGCCAUUAAAAAUGUAGCUGAAGAGCUUACAGUGGAGAAGAAGUUAAGGAAACAAACUGAAAGGUUGAAUAAGAAGAUUGCCAUAGAAAUGGCUAGUGUAAAAGCUUCACAAUUGAAAGUAUGCGAAGAGCUUGAAAGGGAGAAACGUGCAAAAGAGAUUCUCGAACAAAUUUGUGAUGAACUAGCUAGAGGUAUUGGGGAAGACAGAGCACAGGUGGAGGAAAUGAAAAAGGAGUCGGUUAAAGUUCGUGAAGAGGUGGAAAAGGAGAGGGAAAUGCUUCAGUUAGCGGAUGUUUUGCGCGAGGAGAGAGUCCAGAUGAAGCUUUCAGAGGCCAAGUAUCAAUUCGAAGAGAAAAAUGAUUUUGUAGAAAAGCUAAGAAAUGAGCUUGAAGACUUUAUGAGAACUAGAGAUGAAGAAAACGGGGAUGCUUCUCCAGAGUGUACGAAAUUCAACGAUCUUGAGUCUUAUUUCAACAAAGUUUGUCAGAGAUUCCAAAAUGCAGAGUAUGAAGGACAAAAUGACUCAGAUGAGGAUGACAGUGAUCUCCAAUCAAUUGAAUUGAACAUGAAUAACGACAAUAGAGGAUCGGAGUGGAGUUAUCCAGGCGAAAAGGAUGCUCAAAAAGACUCAAAAAGAGUUUCAACUGACAAAGAAAGUACAGGGAGGAAAUCUUAUGAGAGAAUUCAAUGGGGAAGUAUUUGCUUCAACAAGAGAAAUUCCAGUUUCAAGAAGAGGGAUUUGGAUACAAAUAUUCAAGAAGGUCGAGAUCAUUCUCGUCCCGAUAGUUCAAUUGAAUUUCUCUCUCGAGCUCGGAUACAAGAUGAUGAGGACGAAACAACGAGCAAUAGGUCUAUUUCAAGUGCUAAUCAUGUUCAGAGAAAUGAUAAUCAGUUAACUUUGCAGUGUACUAGUGAAGAAGCAAGAGAAAAUUCUCUUCUUGUCUUUAAGGGUGAAAAUUUGAAGCAAGAAGCUGAAGGAAGAAAAUCAAAAUGUUACUUAAAAAGUUUAGAUAGUGAUAGUUAGUAGUAACUUAUUAUCAUUGAUAGCUACUAUUAUUUUUAUUUUUGUUCCAAAUUGUAAAUGUUGUCUUUCAUGUAUUGAAUAUGUUCAAAACUUAUCAUUGCUAAUAUAUUUGUUAAAGCUAUAUAGCAAGAAACAAACAUGUACAUAUUGAACAAGUUGUUUGAUCCACC